AUAUAUCCUUGAGGAGCUUUUUGGACACCAGAGUAGCUGUGUGUGCACGUAGCCAGCUAACGAUGUGGGUAUGCAUGCAAACACAUAAAUUAGCAGAAAAGGGAGGACUAGGAGAAAGAGAGUUACAAAAUGGAGUGUGUGGUGUGAUUGGUCAGUGUGGAAUUCCAUUGAAGGCAUUUCCCACAGAUGGAUCCGCAGCCCAGAACAAACCAAGCACUUUCUUGGGAAUAGAGAUACUAACUCAUAGACUUCUUCAUCUGCAUCUCUACAAUAGGUUCUGCUGCAAAUAGAAAGCAGUUUUUUUUUUCAACUAUACUAUUGGUGUUUUUUUCUCUCUCCAGGUUAUAGGUUAGCUAGGACUGUUAUUUGCAUUACUUUACAGUGACUUAUGAUAGUUUUGUAAUCUGUUCAUCAAAAUGUCACAUAAGUCAUUUUGAAGUUCUUUUCUACAAGAGGUGCGUUUGCGUUAAAAAAGGGAACAAUGCUAAGUCUCAUGUUAAUUAUAGAAUGUAAACAGAGGAUUAACUUGAACAAGCAAAGAUUGUUAAAUGCUUUGUUUGUUGCCAAAGGAUUGAAGAUGCUGCCACACUGCCAAAAUUCCUAGAUACUCUGUAUUACUUCAAGUUCUAAACAGGAGCAUUGCAGAGGACUUGUAGGAGAAGGUGUUUUGCCGGAGAGUAGUACACAGUCCAUCCGUUACUGCAGGAUGUUUGGAUUAUGAGUACUGGUGGCUAACCCUGCCGUAACGGCGUUUGAGUUUUAUUGCUUCAGUUGGAAAAAUGAAUCAAAGGAGACCUGUUUUGGAAGAAAAAAACACAUCAGAAUUACACUCAAAUGGAAAGAGGAACAGAAGUAAAGACUGUCUUCUGGUGAAUGCUGAAUUUGGUGAUGAAACUUAUGGCUAUUAUGGACAUCACUAUAGUGACUGCGCACAUCAGACUCGGCAGAUUAUGGCCAAGAGCAGGAGGCAGGUCUCACGUGGGGCGGCCUAUAUGUUCAACGCACAUCCGAACAGCCUGACACCUGUGGAGGAGCGCUUCCUCGAUGCUGCUGAGUAUGGAAACAUCCCUGUAGUGCGGCGAAUGCUUGAGGAGAUUCCUGGGCUGGAUGUGAACUGUGUGGACUAUAUGGGCCAGAAUGCCUUACAGAUAGCAGUGGCGAACGAACAUCUCGAGGUUACAGAACUUCUGUUAAAGAAGGACAAACUGUCUCGGAUUGGCGAUGCACUCCUUUUAGCUAUAAGCAAAGGCUACAUACGAAUUGUUGAGGCCAUCCUGAGUCACAAGGCCUUUGCUGACUCCAGGAGAUUAACCGCCAGCCCAAGAGAGGCGGCGAUGCACGAUGACUUCUUUGCGUAUGACGAAGAUGGGACUCGCUUUUCUCAUGACAUCACACCGAUCAUCCUGGCUUCUCACUGCCAUGAGUAUGAGAUCGUCCACAUCCUCCUGGGCAAAGGGGCUCAUAUUGAGCAACCCCAUGACUACUUCUGUACCUGUGACACCUGCAAUUACCAUCAGAAAUAUGAUUCGUUCAGUCACUCACGCUCACGUAUCAAUGCCUACAGAGGCUUGGCAAGUCCAGCUUACCUCUCUCUGUCCAAUGAAGAUCCAGUGCUGGCUGCUUUAGAGCUCAGCAAUGAACUUGCCUGUUUGGCGAAUAUUGAAAAGGAAUUCAAGAAUGAUUAUAGGAAACUCUCUAUGCAAUGCAAAGGCUUUGUAGUUGGACUUCUGGAUCUGUGUCGGAACACAGAGGAAGUGGAGGCCAUUUUGAAUGGCGAAGAAGAUGAGACCUCUGAACUACCUGGCCGACCAAGUCUCACCCGACUGAACCUCGCAAUAAAGUAUGAACUUAAAAAGUUUGUUGCGCAUCCUAAUUGCCAGCAGCAGCUCCUCUCAAUCUGGUAUGAGAAUCUGUCUGGAUUGAGACAGCAGACCACAGCCAUCAAGUUUUUGGUGGGCCUGGGUGUUGCGAUAGGACUCCCCUUCUUAUCCAUUGUGUACUGGGUGGCACCGUGUAGUAAGCUGGGAAAAAUUAUGCGAGGCCCUUUUCUGAAGUUUGUGGCUCAUGGAGCGUCUUUCACUAUUUUCCUUGGCUUGUUAGUGUUCAAUGCAGCUGAUCGCUUUGAUGGGAGCAAGUUGUUGCCAAAUAUGACCGUCCAAGACUAUCCAGCACAGCUGUUCCGCAUGAAAACAACUCCCUUGACAUGGAUGGAGAUGCUCAUCAUGUUCUGGGUAAUAGGGAUGGUCUGGGCCGAAUGCAAAGAGAUCUGGUGUCAGGGUCCGAGAGAGUACCUCUUCGAACCUUGGAAUAUGUUGGAUUUUGGAAUGUUAGCCAUUUUUAUAGCCUCCUUUGUCACAAGGUUACUGGCUUACUGGCAUGCAUCUAUAGCACAAAGUUACGUUGAUAAAUACUACACAGAUAUAACAAAUGUAACUUUACCACAGGAGGUUGAAUACUACAGACGGGCUCGUCUUUGCUGGCUGCCAUCAGAUCCACAGCUGGUUUCUGAAGGGCUGUAUGCCAUUGCAGUUGUUUUGAGUUUCUCUCGAAUUGCAUAUAUCCUUCCAGCCAAUGAGAGCUUUGGACCACUGCAAAUCUCUUUGGGAAGGACUGUAAAAGACAUCUUCAAAUUCAUGGUGAUCUUCAUUCUGGUCUUUGUGGCCUUCAUGAUCGGAAUGUUCAACCUGUAUUCAUAUUAUUUGGGGGCUAAACAGAACGACGCAUUCACAACCAUAGAAGAAAGCUUCAAAACACUGUUUUGGGCCAUUUUUGGACUCUCUGAGGUCAAGUCAGUGGUUAUGAACAACGGACACAAAUUCAUUGAGAACACCGGUUAUGUGCUCUAUGGAGUGUAUAACGUCACUAUGGUCAUUGUAUUGCUCAACAUGCUCAUUGCAAUGAUCAACAGCUCCUUUCAGGAGAUUGAGGAUGACGCAGAUGUGGAAUGGAAAUUUGCCCGGGCCAAACUCUGGUUUUCCUACUUUGAGGAGGGCAGGACCCUCCCUGUGCCAUUCAAUUUGGUGCCCAGCCCAAAGUCUGUGCUCGGCCUGAGCCUGGGUUUAAAGUCGCUGCUGAUGAAACUCGUCCACAAACAUGAAGCCGUUAUGAAGAACGAGGCAGAACUCAAUGAGUUAGGAGAAAACAAAACCAACAAAUUGACGAGUCAUCGAUAUCAGAAGAUUAUGAAGCGCCUGAUCAAGCGGUACAUCAUCAAAGCUCAAAUGGACAAAGAAUUUGAUGACGUCAACGAGGGUGAACUGAAGGAAAUAAAGCAAGACAUUUCCAGUUUGCGCUACGAGCUUCUUGAAGAAAAGUCGCACAACAUGGAGCGCAUGGCCGAACUUAUCAGCAAACUUGAAAAACGCGUCUGUUUGCACAUGGAGUAAAACAGAAGUGUGUGCGGUCCUACUCCCAAUCAUGCCGAGUGAUCAAAACUAGUCUAUUUUGGUUUCGUUUGCAAAUUCAAACACAGUUCAAAAUGUUCUCCAGAUGAGAAAUCUGACUUUGGAUGAUAAAUUUGUCAAAGUACAGAGCAGAGGAUGUUACUACGCUUGUGCAGAGCGAGUGUCACCUCUGUCUCCUGUUACUCACUGGAACGACUGACAGUGUUACAACUAACUCUCCCCCUUCAUUUAUACAACGACGACGCUAACCAGGAUAAAACAAUUACUAAGGAUGAAAGAAGCAACACUGUAAACACGUCACACGAGCACCCGGUACACUCCAGUUCUAACGAACGUGGCUUUUUUUUGUUCAAUGUGAUACUAUCUUGUGCUAACUUGGUGUCAUGAGUUUGUUUGAGUUUUAUAUGAUUGGAUUAAGAGCAUCUACUGAGAAGAUCUGCACAAGAACACAAGAUGCACACCUGUCAUUUUGUCUUUAUAUGACUAAUGUGAAAUGGAAUUAUAUUUAAAAUUUUUUUUGUAAAUGAUUCAUGUUACACAUUUCUUUAUUUAUGUAAAAACGUCAACAU